UCAAUCACUUAGUUCACCCAAAAAAACAAAACCAUCAAGCACUCAUCAAUAAUACCCCACGUCUCCUUCUUGCUUCUUGUUUUCUCCAUAACAGGGCGCUUAACUCACCCCUUGUCCUUGUUCGGGCAAAAAUGGCCAUGCAAUUCUGCUUUUGCAUAAUCAUUCGUACCUAUCUCUCCCUCUAGUCACUCUCUCCCCCCCUCCUUUGUUUCAUGAUUCACACAGAGUACUCCAAUCCCAUUCCAAAUCCCUUUUGCGGUAGUAGUACUAUUUGAAGCAGACAAGAAAGGCCGAGUAAUUGAUAGCCUCCAUUUCACAGUCCCCUGUUUCUGCUGCUUCUUUCUUCACUCCUUCGCUUUCAUCCCUUGGAUUCUUCUAUAUAACAAGAGAGAAGAUCACCGAUGGAGAAAUGGGAUCAUCAUCAACGGCAUAACAGGGAAAAUCCAUCUUUCUCUUCCACUCUUCUCGACUCGAUUUACAGAUCCUUUGAAGCAGAGGAGGAGAAACAACAAGACCGCCUCGUGUUUUACAGAGAAAAGAGCAUGAGGAAGCAGAAACAGAGCAGCAACAUCACCACCACCAGCAACAAGAACUUCUUCGAUGACGGCGAUGUGGGAGAAACUAAGAAACCCAACUUUCGUCGGAAUUCCUUGACGGAGUUUGAUAGAAGAAGAGCACGAAGCAACUAUAAUUCAAAUUCGUUCUCCGUGUUCUCCAGCUCGGGCUCCUCUGACUCGAGCUCUGGUUAUGGUUUUUCUUCUUCAGAGUCAGAAUCCUGGUACAAAAUGCAGAAACCAAAGCCAAUUCGAACCAGUAUGUCUUCGUCGAUUCGGCCUCAAAGUUCAACCUUUGAAGCUCCCGACAACUUCAGGACCCAUUCUGCGCAAACCCAGAAGUCGAAUCACGAGAAAAACGGUUCUAGCAAAGCAAAGUCCAAAGCUUUGAAGAUCUUAUAUGGCGACUUGAAGAAAUCAAAGCAACCCAUUUCUCCUGGCGCCAGACUCGCUAGCUUUCUCCAUUCACUCUUCAAUUCGAGCGGGAACACAAAAAAGACAAAAUCAUCAUCAGUGUCGAAUUCUCAUGAGUCUAAGGUAACACAACCUCCGACUUGUUCUUCGGCUUCUUCAUUCUCGAGGUCAUGCUUAAGUAAAACCCCUUCGUCGAGAUCUGGGGCUAAGAGAUCAGUGAGAUUUUGUCCCGUUAGUGUGAUAGUAGAUGAAGAUUGCAGGCCAUGCGGGCAAAAGAACAUUAUGCGAGAAGAUGAUCAAGAGAAGAAGAGGAAUCACAGUAAUGAAGAGCUUAGGUUCCAUGUGAUGAAGGAGAGUCGAAGGGUGGAGGAGAUUGCGAGAGAGUUAUUGUUGAAGACGAAGAUGAAGAAAGAAAAGGAAUUUGAAAUGAAGUAUGGACAUGAUGAAGACGAAGAAGAAGACGACGGAGUUAGUUGUUCAAGUUCUGAUCUUUUUGAAUUAGAUAAUCUGUCUUCUAUUGGGAUUCAAAGGUAUCGAGAGGAAUUGCCAGUGUAUGAAACAACCCAUUUCGAUACUAAUCGAGCCAUUGCCAACGGCUUCAUUCUGUAAUUUUGUAAAAGAAGAAGAAGAAGAAAUAUGUAUAUUAACUCUCUCAUUAGAAUUUCAAUGGAGCUGGGGCUUUGCAAUUCUGAGAAUAAGAUUUCUCUCUUGGCUUUGA